AUGACCAGCCCCUAUUAUAUUCAGAAUCACCUACUAAUGUGUAAGUCUCCUUAUUCGAUCCUGGAAACAGCCCUCAGAGGUGGGCACAGUGGGAAAAUCAUCUCUAUUUUACAGGGACGCGUCCCCUUUAAGGAGCCAACUCGCCGGCGGCGGCGGCCGGAAGUGUUGAAGCCGGGCCUGGCGGCGGCGGUGGCGGUAGCGGCCGUGGCGGCGUCUGCGCAUGCUCCGUCGCCCGCCCGCCCUGGCCGCUCGCCGCCCGCCCGCCCGACGGAGACGGGCGGGCGGGCGCGCAGGGGGCGGGGGGCUCCUGCCUCCGCGGGCGCCUCCCCACGCCCUGUGCGUGCCGCCGCCGCCGCCGGGGAGCGAGCGGACGUCGCGGCGCCGCGGGGGGGUGGGGGGACGCUGCCGCUGGGUCCGCCCGAGCAGCCGGGCCGCCCCCAGCGCGGCCGGCCGCGGCGCUCGGGUCCGGACCCCGGCCGAGAGCGGCCGGGGGCCGGCGAGCCUGGCGUUGGGGGGCCCCGGAGCCCCGGACCGAGGGGCCCGGAAGUCCUCGGCCGAGGGACCUGGAGGGGCCGGAGCGACUCCGGACUGGGAGGCCCGAACGCCCAGGACCCUGGGGAGGGGUCCGGGGAUCCAGGGAUAAUGAAUUGGAGAUCAAGACCAGAGAUUAGGGUACUGAUGAGAAGCAGCUGGAAAAAUCCAGCAACUGAUUUCAAGCUACCAACUUGAUGUCACUAAACUUGGAGUUGGGAAGAGAUGUGCACAGUUGGUUCUCAGGAGCUGGUAGAGCUGGCUCCAGCACACCAUGGGG